AUGAAUGGGAGGGCCUGUAGCAUGAGCUGCCAGACAACAGGUCUUCCUUAUGGACCUGGGGCAAUCAGUGGACAGCAGAGCUCACCAAUGAGAGCUCAUGCAGAAGCACCCUGCCCAUCUUCACAUAGCAGCACCCUCAAGGCAGCUAUUGGAAACGCAUCUGCCAGCCAACACCUAAAGAUGCCCCUUGGAGGAGGGGUCACUCCUCCAAGCAACACCACUGACAGCACUACCCACCUUCCUGCACGGAGUCCCAGGAGACACGUGGUCACAAAUGGAAAGCCUGUCUUCCAAGUCCCACAGCUCCCAGGACUGCCAGCCCCACAGGCUUUAAAACCCAAACUGCAAGACUUUGGAAAUACCUUCUCCCCAGGCACAGGUAAAGGAGGUCUUGGUUAUGGACCCCAGUACAAGUCCAUUGGAAAAGGCAGCUGCAACAAUCUAGUAGUCACCAGCAGUCCCAUGACAGUUCAACGGCUGGGACCUAUUUCUCCUCCUGCUAAUCAGGUCUCAACAGCUUGCAACCAGAUCAGUCCUAGCUUACAGAGGUCUGUGGAUGCUUCCAACCUGGGUGUACCUCCAUCUGAUACAAGGUCCCUCAUGUCAUGUGAGCUGCCGCUGAGCUUGUUGGAAAGUCAGUCAACUCUGAGUGUGAAGCAAGAGUGGUCACGUGGCUACUGGAUACUCCCUUCCCUUCCACCCCACCAAGAUUCUCAAAAUGGCAAUGAGCUAGAGGACCUGCUGAAUUUUCCACCCAGAACAUCCAUGCCCAGUAACAGUGUCUCUAAUUCAUUGCCGUCCUACUUGCUUGGUGUAGAAAACAGCCAUUCCCCUUACCUGAGCCCUCGCCACUCCUCAAGCCGGCCGCAGUCCUCCCGCUCCAAGAAGAGGGCACUCUCUCUCUCCCCUCUCUCUGAUGGCAUUGGGUUCGAUUUCAACACCAUCAUCCGCACGUCCCCAACCUCUCUGGUUGCCUACAUCAACGGCUCUAGGACAUCACCAGCUAGCAUCUCCCCACAACCUGAAGUCUAUGGACAUUUUCUGGGGGUGAGGGGGAGCUGCAUUGCCCAAGCUUGCUCCAUUCCCAACACCCACAAAGGCCUUCUUGUGGCUAACGGAAACAUCACCCUUCCAGGCUACUCUGAGAGUGGUGCUGCUGAGUACCAGCGAAUGCAGCAACUGGAGCAAGCGACCCUGCCGUUGGCAGCCUUGAGCAACAUGGCGGUGCAGCACAGCGCGCCUCCCACGGACAGUCAGCCUGCAGGUGCCUUGAAAAGUGAAUGGCAAGAUGAUUUCUCUGGCCAGGCAGCUGAGGUGCCUCCUCUCCCACUUCUUUUACCACCGCAGGGCCCGCCACCCCCAUAUCAUGCACAUCAGCACCGGCGUCCACACAACCUCCUUGGCCUCCCACACCCUGCGGCCUCGGCUGCCACCCCAGGAGCACUGCUAGAUGAGGACGGUGAUCUGGAUGAUGUGAGUGGCAAGCACUACUGCCGUUGGGUUGAGUGCAGUGCGCUGUAUGACCAUCAAGAGGACCUUGUGCGGCACAUAGAGAAGAUCCACAUAGACCAGAGGAAGGGAGAGGAUUUCACGUGCUUCUGGGCAGGAUGCCCGCGGAGGUACAAGCCAUUCAAUGCCCGCUACAAGCUGCUGAUUCACAUGAGAGUCCACUCAGGAGAGAAGCCGAACAAAUGCACAUUUGAGGGCUGCAAGAAGGCCUUUUCCAGACUGGAAAACCUCAAGAUUCACUUGAGGAGCCACACGGGCGAAAAGCCCUACCUCUGCCAGCACCCCGGCUGCCAGAAGGCCUUCAGCAACUCCAGCGACCGGGCAAAGCACCAGCGGACCCACCUGGACACGAAACCCUAUGCAUGUCAGAUUCCAGGAUGUACUAAACGAUACACGGACCCAAGCUCUCUGAGAAAGCAUGUGAAAGCACAUUCUUCCAAAGACCAACAAGCCAGGAAAAAGUUGCGAUCGGGCUUGGACCUUGACCAAGACAUCCUGAAUGACUGCCUCACAAUUCAGCCUCUCCAGACAUCCCCUUCACCACAUGAUGCAGCCAAUACCAUGAGACCAUCUCCAGAGUCACCUCAUGAGAUCUACCAAGCAGCUGUGUUCCCCGGCCUCCAGACAAGCCAGAGUGCCACCAUGGCAGUGGGAGCUGUGUCCUUGUCCCAGCCCAUCAACCUCCCUUCCCCGGGAUGCAACGUUCAGGGCAGUCCUCACCAUCCACCCCAACAGCUACCUCUUCUCUCAGCUGUGGACUCUGAGAGGUUUUUUGCUCCAGCGCCUUCUCCUCACCACGUCAGCCCACGGAGGGUCCCCGUCCCACCCGCCCUGGUGCAGAGACCAACCCCUCCUCUCCCUCCACAGCCUACAGGAAUGCACCUAAAGACGUACACGGCAGCAGCAAACCCUUCUUGCCAACCAAACAGCCUCCACAUCCAAGGUUUUUAUGGACAGAUUCAGACUUUCUGCCCUCCCCAUUAUGGGGACACUCAGAAAAACGUGCAACAUGGUCUAUCUUGCAAUAUGGUUCCUCCUUUUGAAGACUGCUUAGCUCCCACACCAGUGAGCCAGGCAGGGUCUGGUGCCUUCCAUCGAACCUUUUCAGCUCAUUCUGGUAUUACAGUUUAUGAUUUUCCACCGGGACCCACAGGUAUCUUCGGUGAUUCAACUUACAGCCUGCCUGAAGACAGCAGUUUCCUACAAAUAAGUGCAAUGGAUCGUUGUCCCAGCCACCUUUCUUCCGUCUACACGGAAGGCUAAUUCGUUCCCACUCAUAUUGAACUUAAUUCCAUAUCAUCUUGCCCUUUUGAUAUUUCACUAUCAGUUUUUCUCUCCAUAAGACUGCCAUGUAUGUAUGGGGAUAUGGGUGAAUAUACAUACAUACUGGAGAGGAAGACAUGCAAUCAGUGGGCAUU